AUGCGCAUAACGUUCGCUUUCGACGAGGACCCCAUCUACGUAGCAGAGGAAGACCACUUGUGGGAGGUGGCACCUCUUGGGUCUCUCAAGAGGUUCGUUUAUUUGAAACGGCUGGAGAUUGCCGGGCCCUUCUUGAUGCAUGGCUGGCCCGUGGACAGCAAUGUUCAGCUUAAGGAUGUCCUCCCAUCGUCUCUUCACAACCUCCUCAUCACAUCGAUGGCAGAGAGUACAGCUAAUCAUCUGUAUGCGUUUGCUUUCGCGCUUCCGGAUUUCAAGGACCAAGGCUUUUCUCACUUGAACCAUAUCUUCGAUCUCUCGCAGCACGGACGGUUGGGGCUUUACUUGGGCGAGAACCUCGAGGAAUUUGUUGCCGUGCUACAAGAUGUCGGUGUCAAUUUCAGAAAAGAAAAGGCGAUUCGAUCUACCCUUGUUUUGAUCCUGCCACCCAUGAUUAUAAGAGGUGGCAUCAAUGCACGGGAACGCCAUGCGUGA